UACUUUGAUGACAGUUAUUCUUGAACAAUAUUAGAAUCAACAUGAACGUCAUAAAAGACAAAAUAAUUUACUCAACAUUGGAACCUAAACCUGAACAACCUAAUCAACCCUACAUUGAACGAUUGCUAUCUGAGAUCAACCAAGAACUAGAUGAUACUGGAGACAGAGACUGGUUGGUGGAUACAGAGACAGGGUCUUCUCGCACUAUUUCACAAAUAGAGCCGAUCAGCAGAAGGGUAGCGAGUGCACUUUUGAGUUUAGGGUUUGGUCCUGGAGAUGUUCUUCAAACAGGAUAUUCAUCAUGUCUUGACUUCUACUGGCCUGUGUUCGGAGCCUGGUUGUGUGGAGGUACCGUGAGUCUAGGGGAUCCUAACUUAUCUGAAACCAACAUUAAGAAACAACUUGAAGAAACAAAAGCAAAGGUUUUAGUAAGCAGCAUUGAUUAUCUGGAUAAAUAUUACAAAGUAAUACAAGAAUUGAAAUUACAAGGGAAGAAUGUUAAGUAUUUCAUCCUGGAUGCUGGAGAGCAAGAUACUCUUCCUUUAGGAGUAGAGAGUUUUCAGACCUUGAUGAGAGUUCAAGAAACUCAGAAAAUGCCAUUGCUGCUUGAUUUUACCCCUGAUAGAGAAUCGAUUAUCAUGUGGAGUAGUGGCUCAUCAGGAACUCCCAAGGGAAUCCUUCAUUCACAGAAGAAUCUUCUAAACCUUUAUUUUGGACAUGAUUUAAAGCCAAAGACAAUCAUUUCUUCUGCAUUGAUGUUUCAUAUUUCAAGCUUUACAUUCAACCUUACCCUAGGCAUUCUUAAAGGAACUAUUUGCUACAUUAUGAAAGAGAAAUGUUUCUCAGGAGAGAAUCUUCUAAAAGUUGCAGAGAAGAUUCAACCUGAACAUGUAUUUUGUGGAGUCAGUCAGUAUAUUCAGGUCAGCAACACAAAAACCAAUGGUUACAACCUUAAUGGUGUUAAAAAUAUUACUCCUCUGGGAGGUGCAGUAUCUCCAGGAUGCUCUGAAAAAGUUCUUAGUCUGCUUGGUUCCCAGGCAACGUUGGUAGAAAUGUAUGGAAGUACAGAAGUUAUGUUUGUUUCCAAACAUGAAGUAAAAGAUAUAGAAUUUGGAUUGCUUGGAAGCCUGGCGGCUGGUGUUGAAAUUUGUAUCCAGGAUAUAAAUACAGGGGAAAGGUUGGACCCAGGCAAGGAAGGAAAAAUUAUGGUAAAAACUAACACCAUGAUGAUGAGAUAUCUUAACAGAGAGAAAGAAACAAAUGAGUUCUUUGACUCAGAUGGAUUUGGCUUCACUGGAGACAUUGGUUACUAUGACAAUUUUGGAAAGAUUUUCUUCAGCUACAGAAUGAGAGAGGUCCUGAAAGUGGACAACUACUGGUUUGGACCUGCAGAGAUAGAAAACCUACUGGAGAAAGAACCAACCAUUGAUGAAGCCUGUGUCUGGGGGGAGUAUGAUCCUAAUACAGGAAAUGAUCAGGUAAAUCUUGGGAUUGUUCAGAAGCAAAACCAGAAAGAAUGGACUAAAGCUAAAAUUUGCAGCUUAGUAGACGCUAACCUUCCUUGCACUAGAAAAAUUACAGGGAAAAUUUACUUUGUGGAGAAGAUUCCUCACAAUCCUCAGGGGAAGAAACUUAGAGGAGAGAUGAAGAAUUUUAUGAAACAACCUUAAUUUCUAAAAUUACUUUACUGAUACAUAUGCAGUUAAAAGCUGUUUUGAAGCUACCGAUAUGAUCAAUUGUUACUACAUAUAAUACAUAUAAUUAUGACAUUAUUAGGUGCAUUUAGAACUUUUCCCAGCAAACCUGAAGGACAAAUCAAGCAUUUUCAGUAUAGUUAUAGAUUUUUAUCAAUUCUAAUGAUGUUCCGUAAGAAUAAAUCAGAUAUUUCGGUUUAUAGAAACUUUUUCUUUUUAAUUACGUUUAAACUUUAUCGAGGCGACUAAAGUACAUUUUAUAUUGUCGGUAUAAAAACAAAUUCCCGGACCUUUGCAUUUAUCAAAAUGAGAUAUUUUUUCCAUUUGUAGUGUUGACAUUAGAAGUUUAUUUCCUGCAGUUAGUUGUUCAAUAAAUAUAGAUAACUUAUUCUUAUUA